GAUUAUGCGGGCGGCCCAGACAUCAAUAAAACGGCAAAAUAUAUUCUAUGGAAGUUCAUGCAAGCCAACCGGGCGCGCCUUGGCAUAUAUCCUCACUUGACACAAGCUACUGAUACGAGGAAUAUCAUAUUCGUCUUCGCUGCAGUCAAGGAGACAAUCCUACAGAAUGCUCUCAAAGAAACGGGUAUUCUGUGA